AUGGGUGAUUCAGGUGGAGGUUGGCGAGAUUCGUAUAAGGGUAUGUCUUCUGAUAACAUCAAGGGUUUGGUGUUGGCUUUGUCUUCUAGUUUAUUCAUUGGAGCUAGCUUCAUCGUUAAGAAGAAAGGGCUUAAGAAAGCUGGAACCACUGGGACUAGAGCAGGUGUUGGUGGGUAUUCUUAUCUCUACGAGCCUCUUUGGUGGAUCGGCAUGACAACAAUGUUGCUUGGUGAGAUUGCUAAUUUUGCUGCUUAUGCGUUUGCGCCGGCUAUACUUGUCACUCCUCUAGGUGCAGUCAGUAUCAUUAUCAGUGCUGUCUUAGCUCAUAUCAUAUUAAAGGAGAAACUACACAUCUUUGGAGUUCUUGGUUGUGCCUUAUGUGUAGUGGGUUCCACGACAAUUGUCUUACAUGCCCCUCAAGAACAAGAAAUCGAUUCUGUGAUUGAAGUUUGGAAUCUUGCAACAGAACCAGCAUUCAUGUUUUAUGCGACUCUGGUAAUUGGGGCUGCUAUAUUUCUCAUUAUCCGUUUUGUACCCCAAUAUGGGCAGACAAACGUAAUGGUCUAUACCGGUAUUUGUUCGCUUGUGGGAUCAUUAUCGGUAAUGAGCGUAAAAGCACUUGGAAUAGCACUAAAGCUGACAUUUUCAGGGACGAAUCAGUUAUUUUAUCCUCAAACAUGGGUAUUCACCUUGGUCGUACUUACCUGUGUGAUAACCCAGUUGAACUACUUAAACAAGGCUCUUGAUACAUUCAAUACAGCUAUAGUAUCUCCGAUAUACUAUGUAAUGUUUACAUCACUAACUAUAUUGGCCAGUGUAAUCAUGUUUAAGGAUUGGGAUCGGCAAAACGGUACUCAAAUUGUCACAGAAAUAUGUGGAUUUGUUACAAUACUUUCAGGAACUUUUCUUCUCCAUAGAACAAAGGACAUGGUAGAGGGUUCAUCGGUAAUAUUACCAUUGCGUAUUAGCAAGCACAAUAACGAGGACAGUUUUGAAUCAGAAGGCAUUCCACUUAGACGCCAAGAAUCGCUCCGGUUACCUUAA